AUGCGUGGCAUCCUUACCCUUGUCGCCCUUGGGGCUGCGGCUAUCCCCCAAGCAAGCGCCGCUCCAAAUGACAGAGAGACGAGCAUGAUUGAUUUGCCCUUGAAGCUAUACCAGAACGGGUUCAACACAGACCUGGUCACUAUCGGAACGCCAGCUCAGUCGACCAGGCUCUUCGUUGAUUGGACCUGGAUAGGUCCAUAUAUCGUCUCAACCAAGUGCAACCACACCAACAAUGCUUUUGGCUGCCUUGCUCCUGGUCAGAAGUUUUUCAAUGAGACGCAGUCAACCUCCCUCGUCAACCAGACCAAUUUGUACCCAACUCGAACAUGGAACCCCAACCACUUUUUCAUGGACAAGGAUCUCACGGCGGUAUUUGCUUCCGACAUAUAUCGCGUUGGUAGUCGAGAAGCCCGGAUCACGCUCCAGCUCUCCCAGUUAAACUGGAAAGCCCCAUUCCCUUAUCCAUUCAGCGGAAUCUUUGGCAUGUCGCCGGUCUUCAAGUCGGACAAUAUGUCCAUCCAGGCUCCAUUCCACCAGAUGCUGGAACAGAAGAAGUUCCACUCCGGCCUCACCUCGUUCAUCUACUGUUAUAGUGAUGAGCCGGGCUAUAAGUCGCCUCCAAAGGAACGAUGCAAUGGAAACGAUGGCGUUCAAACUCUUGGGGGAUACCACCAUCGAGACAUCGGAUGGCGAGGAAUCGAGUGGAUCGACACUAUUGUCUUCCCCAUUGUGAACGACAUCGACUUCAUCUAUAACCCGGCUUUCUAUAACUACUGGUCUAUCCCUAUCACCAAGCACUUUAUUGGUAACGAAGAGCAGGCUCUCAAUACCACCACAGGCUCUGCAGCAGUCUUCGACCAUGCAAGCUAUGGCCGCGGGGCCGCCUUAUCCGUUGCUAGUUAUAGGCGCCUCGUUUCCAUUACCAAUGCCCAGCCUGUCAACCUUACCAUGGCUACUCUCCCCAACAACGGCAAGCAAAAGUUCUACUCUGUCGACUGUGGGCUAGUUGAUACAUUCCCAGCUGUCAAGUACCAAUUUGGCAAAUGGCGCCGAGUCUGGAGCAUUGAGGCCAGACACUAUAUCUCCAAGGCUAAGACUACUGAUGGCAAGGAUGUCUGUGUACUCAACGCCCGUGUCAUUGGUGAAGGAGAGAACCUUAUCAUUGGAAACCUUGGUGAAAACUUUGCCAAGGACAAGGUCAUCCUCUUCGACUUCGAGAAGAAAAGAGUUGGUCUGGCUGAUUUACGUGACUAG